UUAAAGUGGGGUAGAAAAAAAUAGUGCGCUGUCUCUUUAAGGUCCUUCAGCUAGUCUGUUUCGUAUUGAUCAAUCCACCAUUUUCCAACACACAGCGGCGGCAGUGCUAACACAGCUCCGGCAGCGAGAGAGAGAAGAGAGCCUCCCCUCUACCUGGAGAGGAAGCCGGGGACCGGGGCAGUCAUGGCAGCGAACAUGUACCGGGUUGGAGAUUAUGUUUAUUUUGAGAACUCGUCCAGUAACCCACUGCUGAUCAGAAGGAUAGAGGAGUUGAACAAGACAGCCAAUGGGAACGUGGAGGCCAAAGUGGUGUGUUUUUACCGACGCAGGGACAUCUCCGGCACACUCAUCGCCCUGGCAGACAAACAUGCAAGGGAGCUGGAGGAGGAGAUGGAGAAUCCAGAGAUGGCGGACCUCCCCGAGAAACACAAACACCAGCUCAGACACCGAGAGCUCUUCCUGUCCCGCCAACUGGAGUCUUUACCUGCCACACACAUCAGGGGGAAGUGCUGUGUGACUCUGCUGAACGAGACAGAAGCCCUGAAGUCUUACCUGGACAGAGAGGAUGCCUUCUUCUACUCGCUGGUGUAUGACCCUCAGCAGAAGACUCUGCUGGCUGAUAAGGGGGAGAUCCGCGUGGGGAACAAGUACCAGGCCGACAUCACCGACCUCCUGAAAGAAGGCGAGGAAGAUGGCAGAGACUUGGAGAAACUAGAGGAGAAGAUCUGGGACUCCACCAGCCUACUGACGGAGAAACAGAUCGACCAGUUCUUAGUAGUAGCUCGGUCGGUAGGAACAUUCGCCAGAGCGUUGGACUGCAGCAGCUCAGUCCGGCAGCCCAGCCUGCACAUGAGCGCUGCUGCAGCCUCCAGAGACAUCACCUUGUUUCAUGCUAUGGACACCCUCCACGCCACGAGCUACGACAUGACCCGGGCCAUCUCAGCGCUGGUGCCUCAGGGUGGGCCCGUCCUCUGUAGGGAUGAGAUGGAGGAGUGGAGCGCAUCGGAGGCCAACCUGUUCGAGGAGGCGCUCGAGAAAUACGGCAAAGACUUCACCGACAUCCAGCAGGACUUUCUGCCCUGGAAGUCCCUGACGAGUAUUAUCGAGUAUUACUACAUGUGGAAGACCACAGACAGAUAUGUACAGCAGAAACGAUUAAAAGCAGCCGAGGCAGAGAGCAAGUUGAAGCAAGUCUACAUCCCUAACUACAACAAGCCAAACCCCAACCAGCUGAGCAACAAUGUAAAACCAGCUCUGGUCAACGGGGCCGCCAUUGCAGGUGUACCUGGCGUGCAAGGGGUGCAAGGGGUUCCGGGGGUCCCAGGGGUGCAAAGUGUCCCGGGGGUCCCAGGUGUCCCAGGGGUCCCAGGUGUCCCAGGGGUCCCAGGGGUCCCAGGAGCUCCAGGCACAGCGCAGACCCCCGCCCUCGGCAGAGCCUGUGAAAGCUGCUACACCAGCAGCUCCUACCAGUGGUACUCGUGGGGACCUCCAAACAUGCAGUGUCGUCUCUGCGCCUCCUGUUGGACUUACUGGAAGAAGUACGGCGGGCUGAAGAUGCCCACAAGACUGGACGGAGAGAGACCUGGACCUAACCGCAGCAGCAUGAGCCCCCAUGGCCUCCCCAUGCGACACAGCGGCAGCCCCAAGUUUGCAGUGAAGACGCGACAGGCUUUCUACCUGCAGACCACCGGCCUGACGCAGAUGGCACGGCGCAUCUGCCAUGACAUCAUCAGGCCGCGGUUUCUGGCAAGGCACCCCUACCUCCCUGUCAACACGGCAGCCAUAAAGGCCGAGUGUGCCAUGCGGUUGCCAGAUGAGAAAAAAAAGCCUCCACCACUGAAACCUGUGGACCGUAAACCCCUGGAGUCUGUGGUGCGGUAUUUAGAAGCACAUCCCCGUCCAGCCAAACCAGACCCUCCGAUUCGUGGAGCGUCCAUCUCCACAGGCAGCCUGACGCCCAUAAAGUCCUCCCCCAUCCUCAACAACGGCUCCCCCACCAUCCUGGGCAAACGCAGCUACGAACAGCACAACGGAAUGGAUGGCUCUAAAUCCAAAAUGCUGACUCCACAGUGGGACAUCAUGGCCAAACGUCUGAGCGAAGGGCCACGGCCCUCCGUCUCCCUGCAGGACGAGGUGCAUGAGCUGGACUGAGCACUCUGUGGGACAACGUCUGCUACAAACCCAGUGGGCAGAGGGUGACAUGGAGAGGCGUUUUCCUCUGAACCCCAGCGAGGCCGCUGAGCAGACGGCAGCGUUGUUAAGUCGUACGGGUCUGUCACUCUGCUGGAGACCAACGUAAACAUCCGUUUGGCUGCGGUCAUUCACAAGAUGAGCCUGACUGUACAGGACUGUGUUUAUUACUUACAAUUCUCGUUAUUACUGUCAUUGUAAUUAUUGUUAUUGUUAUUAUAAUUUUUUUUUUACCAACUAUAACUCCGCUUAUUGUUUGUCGAUCAAACGAUGGAACUUGUGAAGUUUCAUGAAAAUUUGCUUGCAGAGCCCUGUGGAAAAGGGUGGAAGGACUGUAACAUAAGCCACUCGCAUCUUCUAUGUUUUGUUUCUUAACAAGUUAAAUUCAACAAGGAGGCCGACUUUUAUUUCAGCGAGUUAACUCCUUGUCUUUUGUUUCAACAAAUUUGAAUGCUUUACGGGAAAUCUUCAGUUUUGUGAGCCGGCCCCGCUCUUCGGCCAGAGAGGUUUAACUUAUUGAGAAAGACUUGCUGUUUUUUCUACCUUUUUCACAAGUAAUGCAUCUAUGCUUAGAUAAUGUAAUUAAAAAAGAUAAUUGAUUUUCCCUCUUCUUUUGGUGUCUGUGCACAGAGGUGAACGGUGUUUUCUUACUCACACACGUAUGCAAACAGGGUAUAUGCAAAACGAGUUGCAAAUUGCUUUAUAUGUUUUGAAUCUGAAAAAUGAUCAGUAUUAGGAAAAGGUUGAAUGCGAAAUACAGCCAUGUUUUGUAAGAAAACUUCAAAAACAGCCACAAACCAGGAAUGUGUUCUGCUUUCAUGUCCAGUCCUUUUGUCAAUGUGUUUAUUUUUAUGUUCAUAAGUAGCCUGUCUUGAUAUAAACAUCAACCAUAGGUCGUUAUAAGAAAAUACAAAGAUCCAAACAUCUGUUA